GCUGGCAGAAGGCUGGCUUUCGAGCAAGUGACGGCUCACCGCAGUGUCAAAGCGCUGUGCCGCUCCGUCCUCUGUUCGUCACUCACAGCAGAGUUCAGCGUGCUAACGGAGCUCCCCAGCGGUCACGAUAUUGUCGAAUUGUUAAUUUUUGAGACAUGAAUCCGCACAACAUGAAAUUGAAGUGCGUCAGCGAUUGAUGAUCAAGCCGGAGUGGAAAUUGCGGCAGAGACGAUGGAGCUGUCGGACGGCUUGCUGCUGCAAGUCAGCAGCGGGGAGCAGUGGUGCAGCCGCUGGAAGCACCCCGUCGAAGAGCCUGACCGCAGCACCAGCCCCUCAGUUCUGCGCUCGGUUGCCAGCUCGUGGAAAGACGGCCUGCUGAACCGAAAACGGCCCUUCGUGGGCCGAUGCUGUUACUCCUGUACUCCACAGAGCUGGGAACAGCUGUUCAACCCAAGCAUCCCAUCUCUGGGGCUUCGCAACGUCAUCUACAUCAAUGAGACCCACACUAGACAGCGAGGCUGGUUGGCUCGCAGGCUGAGCUAUGUGCUGUUUGUCACAGAGAGGGACGUCCACAAGGACAUGUUCACCAGGAAUGUUGUUGACAACGUGUUGAACAGCAGCAGGGUGGAGGCAGCUAUUCUCAAAUCAGCUGCAGAUGUGGAAUCUGUCAAACCUGGUCAGGAGCACAAAGCCGUCAACAAAGUGAAACAGAAAGCCAGGACCGUCCUCCAAGAGAUGGUGGCCAACAUCUCUCCAGCUUUUAUCAGGCUGACGGGAUGGGUUCUACUGAGGCUGUUUAAUGGCUUCUUCUGGAGUAUCCAGAUCCACAAAGGACAGCUGGAAAUGGUCAAGAAGGCAGCAACAGAGCAAAAUGUACCCAUGAUCUUCCUCCCCGUCCACAAAUCCCACAUCGACUAUCUGCUCAUCACUCUCAUUCUGUUCUGUCACAACAUCAAAGCUCCUCACAUCGCUGCUGGAAACAACCUGAGCAUCCCUGUCCUCAGUGUCCUGAUCCGAAAACUUGGCGGCUUCUUUAUAAGGCGGAAAAUGGAGGAGACGGAGGACGGCAAGAAAGACGUUUUAUACAGAUCUCUUCUGCACACAUACAUAGAGGAGCUGAUGAAGCAGCAGCAGUUCUUGGAGGUCUACCUGGAAGGCACUCGCUCCCGCAGUGGAAAGCCGUCUCCGGCUCGCGCCGGCCUGCUGUCCAUCGUUGUGGACACUCUGUGCACCGGAGCCAUCGGAGACGUGCUGGUGGUGCCGGUCGGCAUCUCGUACGAUCGCAUCAUCGAGGGAAACUACAACAGCGAACAGCUGGGCAAACCCAAGAAGAACGAGAGCUGGUGGGGAAUAGCAUGUGGAGUUUUCCGGAUGCUGCGGAAAAACUACGGUUGUGUUCGUGUUGACUUCAACCAACCCUUUUCUCUAAAGGAGUACCUGGACACCCAAAGAAGCCGUCAUAUUCCACCACCGCUGUCCCUGGAGAACACUUUGAUGCCCACCAUUAUCUCUGAGCAGCCUGAACUGUUUGAAGGACAGGAGGAAGAACAGGCCGACAGAGAACUGCCCGAAGAGAUCUAUCGACGACAGCUCAUCAACAACCUGGCCAAGCAUGUGCUCUUCACGGCUAACAAGUCAUCCUCCAUCAUGUCGACUCAUAUCGUGGCCUGCCUGCUGCUGUACAGACACAGACAGGGCGUGGUGCUCUCCAAGCUUGUGGAGGACUUCUUCAACAUGAAGGAGGAGAUCUUGUCCCGGGACUUUGAUCUGGGCUUUUCGGGGAACUCUGAGGACGUGGUCAUGCGGGCCCUCCACCUCCUGGAAAACUGCAUCAACGUCACCAGCAGCUCCAGCGGCAACGGGGAGUUUACCAUCGCUCCGGGCCAAACAGUGCCGGCGCUGUUCGAGCUCAACUUCUACAGCAACGGCCUCUUCCACGUCUUCAUUUCUGACGCAGUUAUUGCCUGCAGCAUCCUGUCUCUGCAGAGGGAGCUGAUGUUGGAGUCGGAUUCUCAUAACCUGAACGAAGAUCCGAGUGGACUCCUCCUGGGUCAGGAGAGGCUCAUACGCAAAGCGGCCGGUCUCGCUCAUUUCCUCAUAAAUGAGGUGGCUGUAGCACCACCUUGUCAGACAAUUUACCAGGUUUUCCACGACGCGGUGACCCGCCUCAUCCAGUAUGGAGUCCUCUACGUGGCAGAGGAGGACCAGGAAGAACUGAGCCCCAGCCCCGCAGAGGAACCAUGGCCCAAAAAGUUUUCUGAACCUCUCUCCUGGAGAAGCGACGAAGAAGACGAAGACAGCGACUUUGGAGAAGAGCAAAGAGAUCGCUACCUAAAGGUGAGCUCCUCCGCAGAGCAUCAGGAGUUCUUCCUCUUCCUUCAGCGGCUGCUCAGCCCGGUUCUGGAAGCUUACAGCGGGGCUGCCAUUUUUGUGCACAGUCUGAGCGAGCCCAUGUUGGAGUCCGACUUCACCCAGAGGCUCUUCAGAUACCUGCUCACUCGCACAGAGAGAGGAGUGGCUGCCUAUGGUGAAAGCGCGACUCAUUAUCUAGUUAAAAACACGGUGAAGACUUUCAAAGAGCUUGGGGUCCUGAAGGAGAGAAAAGAGAACAAACUGACGACUCUGGAACUCAGCAGCACUUUCAUACCUCAGGCCAAUCGGAACAAACUCCUGCAGUACAUCCUAGGCUUCAGUCUGCUGUGAUCCACACAAAUAGGCUCCUCCCACCCAAGGGCUUCUACUGGUUACUCCUAAACAACCCCAGGUGCUACACUGUGGAACGCUUUACCAGGAAGUGCCUUCACGUCAAAGCCGCUAACUGUUAGCUGCUAAGUCGGGAGUCUUUUCAGUCUCUGACGCUGAUGAACGCACAUCGGAGCGCCACACUGACAACAACACUCACGCACAUUUAAUUAGAGAAACGCUGGCCGCCGAUUCCUGCACAUUCAAUCAAACGACAACAAACAAGCAAUUUGAUUUAUAAUCGAACAUAUCUUCUGUUCUAACGUCUCUCUACUUGCAAAUUAUUUUUGAAAAGCCAACUAAUUAGCAAAUAUUUCUGUUGUAAAGCACUUUUUCCAUUUUCAUUUUUUUAUUCCAGGUAGAAGAGAAAAGUUCACUCCUUAAGUUGGUAGUUUUCUAUAAAAAACGCCAAUUUAGUGACGUCGUCCGGCUUAAAAUUCCUGCUGCUAUAAAUCUGUGUUACAAAACUUUUAUUUCUUUUUUAUCAGCUAUAUAUGACUUUUAUUUUGGUGUGUUUUUAGAGUACAGAAAAACAAACCAUUAGAUCUCAGCAGAUCAGAACAAAAGGUGAAUCCAAUUGUUCAAAUGAACUGGGAGGAAAUGCAAAAAAAGUGUGAGAAUUUCAAAACAAAAGUUUUUUCUUUUAAAAAACGCUCGUGUUUUUUUUUUUCUUUUUCUUUUUUAGGGUGCUCAAGUACAACAGUAGAAAAUAAUGUAGCUCGCAGCUUUUUAGCUAAAGCUAAAUUUAGCAUAGGUUACAAAAGCCAGUUGUUUAAAGUGCAUGUAAAUACGUUUUUAGCUGUCUGACUGAAAAAAAAAUGAUUUUUGUGUUUUUGCUUUAAAAUUCCUCCUUAACAGCACACCUAGCUAAAGUUAGCAAAGCAAUUUGGUUCAGAAAAUAUCUACUAACCAAAAACAGUAUUUGCCUUCAGAGGCUCAACACUACUUACAACUCAAGUGCAUUCAGUUACAGCUGAAUUAACAGUAAUAACAGCCUUCACUUAUUUAAUGAAUGUUACGUCACACUGCUCUUAAACAUGACAGCCAUGUGCACCUACUAUUUGAUUGUGUUUUUAAAGACCCUCUCCAAUCAUCUUUAAAUCAGUUUUAACUGUUCGUUUAAUUAUGAUUUUGCUCAUUUUAGCCAAAACAAAAAAACUUGACAUUUUCUGCAGAGCAGCAGGAGUUCAUUAAAAAUUCGCCUCUGAGUUGUGGUGUCGGUGUAGAAGUUAGCCUCUACUAAUUUCCCAUCAGCCCUGUGUUUACACUCUCUCCUGCUAGCUUAUAGCACCUCACAAGCAUGAGCUAGCAUUAGCUUAGCAAAAAAAGGUGAGAAAUAUCAGAGCUAUCCAGCACAUACAAUUUAGAGUCAGAUGGCAGCUCAGAUGAUGGAAAAUCAAGACAUUAAUGGAUCUAUUCUAUCAGAAUUGUAGCGGAGAAGGGAGACUUUUGCUGGAUUCAGGGGCGGACUUAACAUUAGGCAAAGAUAGGCGAUCGCCUGGGGUUGCCAAGACUCCGGGGGCUCCAAACUGAACACCUAAUAAAAGUGUCUAAAAUUCAUUUAAUUUAAAUUAUUUAAUUCUGUCAUCCAAAAUCACUGAAAUUACGUAAAAGUACAAGUAAUGUAUAUAAAAUUAAUUUAUUUAACAUUUAAGUGAUUUCAGCUUUUAAAUACUUAUCAAAACAUUUGGAUUCUUGAUGUUUCUGUCUAAAAGGAGACCGGUAAUUAAGUUAAUUGCCGUUAACUGGUAAGGGUUUAAAAAAUGAUUAAUACAAAUGCUAGCUUAUAGCACCUCACAAGCCUGAGCUAACAUUAGCUUAGCAUAAAAACAAAACGGCGAGCAAUAUCAGAGCUAUCCAGCACAUACAAUUUAGAGUCAGAUGGCAGCUCAGAUGAUGAAAACUAAGACAUUAAUGGAUCUAUUCUAUCAGAAUUGUAGCGGAGAAGGGAGACUUUUGCUGGAUUCAGGGGCGGACUUAACAUUAGGCAAAGAUAGGCGAUCGCCUGGGGUUGCCAAGACUCCGGGGGCUCCAAACUGAACACCUAAUAAAAGUGUCUAAAAUUCAUUUAAUUUAAAUUAUUUAAUUCUGUCAUCCAAAAUCACUGAAAUUACGUAAAAGUACAAGUAAUGUAUAUAAAAUUAAUUUAUUUAACAUUUAAGUGAUUUCAGCUUUUAAAUACUUAUCAAAACAUUUGGAUUCUUGAUGUUUCUGUCUAAAAGGAGACCGGUAAUUAAGUUAAUUCCCGUUAACUGGUAAGGGUUUAAAAAAUGAUUAAUACAAAUGCUAGCUUAUAGCACCUCACAAGCCUGAGCUAACAUUAGCUUAGCAAAAAAACAAAAAGGCGAGCAAUAUCAGAGCUAUCCAGCACAUACAAUUUAGAGUCAGAUGGCAGUUCACAUGAUGAAAACUAAGAAAUUAAUGGAUCUAUUCUAUCAGAAUUGUAGCGGAGAAAGGAGACUUUUGCUGCAUCCAGGGGCGGACUUAACAUUAGGCAAAGAUGGGCGAUCGCCUGGGGCUCCUAAGACUCUGCGGGCUCCAAGCUGAACACUUAAUAAAAGUGUCUAAAAUUCAUUUAAUUUAAUUAUUUAAUUAUGUCAUCCUAACUCACUCAAUGUACAUAAAAGUACAAGUAAUGUAUAUAAAAUUAAUUUAUUUAACAUUUAAGUGAUUUCAGCUUUUAAAUACUUAUCAGAACAUUUGGAUUCUUGAUGUUGCUGUCUAAAAGGAGACCGGUAAUUAAGUUAGUUGCCGUUAACUGGUAAGGAUUUAAAAAAUAAUUACCGGUAAUGCAAAUGCUUCAGAGGGCCCCAUGUUAUGGUUCGCCCGGGGCCCCCAAACUGCUAAGUACGGCCCUGGCUAUGUCACAAAUCCUGAGCUUUUUCAAGCAUCUGGUUUUCAUCUGCUCCUGUUCAACUCAAUUUAAAUAAAGAAAUACUCAGAAAUGCAGUUUUUAUCUUAAGUUAUGGAAGAGAAAAAUGCCACAAGAACAUGUUAAAAGCACCAUUUUCAUUGGAGUGGGUCUUUAAAAAAAGUGUGUAGUAACCAGGCGGAAAAUUGAGUUACAUUAAAAUGUUGUUAGAACUGUGAAAUGUAGUAUUUCUUUACUUUUUUAUGGCAAAAUUUGUUAAAGUUGAGCUAUAAAUGAACAAAUCCUGUUUUUUUAUGGCUGAUCGUGAAAAUAAAAAAGCAGAGCAGUAAAACAAAAAAGUGGCAUUAUACGGUACGAGCGCAUUCACCGACGAGGUCGUUUCUCGAAGGUUAGUUUGACCCAAUUUCCUUCCGUCGUAACAAUAAUUGUAAUAAAUUUAAAGUUUGGGAGAAUUUGAAUGUAAAUGUUUGAGUGUACAUUUGAAAUCAUUUGAGUGGAAAAAAGAAAGUGUGAAGGUCCUGAACGGAGGUGAUGUUUGAGCCAACUCUGCUGUUUAGUUUUUAAUCGAUGUGGACGAGAUGUUCUGAGCCUGUAUAUUUUAAAUGUAAUUUAUCUAAUUUAUAGCCCCCGUUUGAGGAUUCGUUUACGAAGUGGCGGCAGCAUGUGGAAGAGUUGGCUUUGAGAGCAGAAAUGUGCAGAUUUGGAGCGUUUGAGUCUCUCAAAGGUGGACUUCCAGUUCGGAUGAAACCUCCUCUAGUUCUGCGCGCUCCUCCGGUGGCCUUCAAUCACCAAUGAGGUUACCUUCAAAUCUGGGCGAGUUUUGUUUCAUAGAAACAUUCUUUUUAAGUGAAAAAUCAGUGUGUAUAAUUGUAGAAAUCUGUCGGUACAAAUGAUUUUUAAAAAAUAAAAGUCCGUGGUUACUGAAGCUGCAUUAACACCCCACCAUGUACUGAUGUGAAAACAUGCCUGUAUCUGGGGAGCAGGUGCCUUUUGUUUGUUUUUUAAAGCAAUGUAGUGGUGUUUUGUUUCAUAUUCGUGCAUGAUAACAGCUGUUUUCUGUUGGCAUCCUAAAGAACUCUUUAGAUUGUAACUUAAAAGUGUAUAUGACGUGUUGUUUUAAGAGGAAAUCACCAGCUACUGAAAAAAAGGCUCAUUAGAUAUUUUUAAAUAAAUUAAUAAUAGAUUAA